CCACUCAUCCCUGCUCCGCCCUCUUCUGGGAGGGGCACCUGGCCUACACGCAUGCGCACUCCUCCCUCCCCGCUCCGCCCUCCCCUGGGAGGGGGGGGCGGCCUGGUCGACACGCAUGCGCACUCCUCCCUCCCCGUUCCGCCCUGCCUUUUUUAUUCAGUCAUUAGCGUUUCAAUUGCUGAGCCUUUUUUGUCCCCAACUGCGUGCCGUGUUCGCUUCCCUGCGGAAGUGGUGUCUGUGAGGGAAGAAGAUGGCUACCACUGUAGUGGCGGCGCCUGGUGUGGCGGCCAGUCGGGCCGACAAACGCGGCGGCGGCGGCGGGCCUGGAGGCGGCAGCGGAGGAGCAGCUAGAGGGGCGGAGGAAGAACCGCCGCCGCCCCUACAAGCAGUUCUGGUGGCCGACAGCUUUAACCGCCGCUUCUUCCCCAUCUCCAAGGACCAGCCUCGGGUUCUCUUGCCCCUGGCCAAUGUGGCAUUAAUUGACUACACUCUGGAAUUCCUGACUGCCACAGGUGUACAGGAAACCUUUGUCUUUUGCUGCUGGAAAGCUGCUCAAAUCAAAGAACAUUUACUGAAAUCCAAGUGGUGCCGCCCUACAUCCCUCAAUGUGGUUCGAAUAAUUACAUCAGAGCUGUAUCGGUCACUUGGAGAUGUCCUCCGUGAUGUUGAUGCCAAGGCCUUGGUGCGCUCUGACUUCCUUCUAGUAUAUGGAGACGUCAUCUCAAACAUCAAUAUUACCAGAGCCCUGGAGGAACACAGGUUGAGACGGAAGCUAGAAAAAAAUGUAUCUGUGAUGACAAUGAUCUUCAAGGAGUCAUCCCCAAGCCACCCAGCUCGUUGCCAUGAGGACAAUAUGGUGGUGGCUGUGGAUAGUGCCACAAACCGGGUUUUGCACUUUCAGAAGACACAGGGUCUCCGGCGUUUUUCAUUUCCUCUGAGCCUAUUCCAGGGCAGUGGAGAUGGAGUGGAGAUUCGUUAUGAUUUACUGGAUUGUCAUAUCAGCAUCUGCUCUCCUCAGGUGGCUCAACUCUUCACAGACAAUUUUGACUACCAAACUCGAGAUGACUUUGUGCGAGGCCUGUUAGUGAAUGAGGAGGUUCUAGGGAACCAGAUCCACAUGCACGUAACAAGUAGGGAAUAUGGUGCCCGGGUCUCCAACCUGCACAUGUACUCGGCUGUCUGUGCUGAUGUCAUCCGCCGAUGGGUCUACCCUCUCACCCCAGAAGCAAACUUCACUGACAGUCCCACACAGAGCUAUACUCAUUCCCGACACAACAUCUAUCGAGGGCCUGAGGUCAGCCUGGGUCAUGGCAGCAUCCUGGAAGAAAAUGUGCUCCUGGGUUCUGGCACUGUCAUUGGCAGUAAUUGCUCCAUCACCAACAGUGUCAUUGGCCCUAACUGCCACAUUGGUGAUAAUGUGGUGCUGGACCAGGCCUACCUGUGGCGGGGUGUUCGAGUAGCUGCUGGAGCACAGAUCCACCAGUCUCUGCUCUGUGACAAUGCUGAGGUCAAGGAACGAGUUACACUAAAGCCACGCUGUGUCCUCACUUCUCAGGUGGUGGUGGGCCCCGAUAUCAUGCUGCCUGAGGGCUCGGUGAUAUCUUUGCACCCUCCAGAUGCAGAGGAAGAUGAGGAUGAUGGCCAGUUCAGUGAUGAUUCCGGGGCCAACCAAGAAAAGGAGAAAGCGAAGCAGAAAGGUUACAAUCCAGCAGAAGUAGGAGUUGCAGGCCAGGGAUACCUCUGGAAAGCUGCAGACAUAAGCAUGGAAGAAGAGGAGGAACUACGGCAGAAUCUGUGGGGACUCACAAUCAACAUGGAAGAAGAGAGUGAAACUGAAAGUGAGCGAAGUAUGAAUUCUGAGGAGCUGGAUAGCAGGGCAGGCUCCCCUCAGUUAGAUGACAUCAAAGUGUUCCAGAAUGAAGUGCUGGGAACACUACAGCGAGGCAAAGAAGAGAACAUUUCUUGUGACAAUCUAGUCCUGGAGAUCAACUCUCUCAAGUAUGCCUACAAUAUAAGCCUAAAGGAGGUAAUGCAGGUACUGAGCCACGUGGUCCUGGAGUUCCCUCUGCAACAGAUGGAUUCCCUGCUUGACCCAAACCGCUACUGUGCCCUGCUGCUUCCUCUGCUCAAAGCCUGGAGCCCUGUUUUUAGGAACUAUAUAAAGCGUGCAGCUGACCAUUUAGAAGCAUUGGCAGCCAUUGAGGACUUCUUCCUGGAACAUGAUGCUCUUGGUACUUCCAUGGCCAAGGUACUGAUGGCUUUCUACCAGCUGGAGAUCCUGGCUGAGGAAACAAUCUUGAGGUGGUUCACCCAAAAGGAUAUAACUGACAAAGGCCGGCAGUUACGCAAGAAUCAGCAGCUGCAGAGGUUCAUCCAGUGGCUUAAAGAGGCAGAAGAGGAGUCAUCUGAAGAUGACUGAAGUCACAUGGCCUGCUCCUAUGGUGUGCUCGAUUGCCUUCCUGACUCCUGGGGAUGAUAAGUAAGAAGCCAGCUGCAGAAGGAUCAGUGACUGCCACCCAGACUGAGACUUAAUUUAAAGAAGCAGAGGCUGGAACUACAGUAUUCUUCCCAUCGCCAGCAACUAUGUGCCUCCAUCCUGACUGGGGAGUUGGGAUAAGGGAAGUUGGGCUGAAACAAAGCUCCUGCUUAGGGAGGAGCUAGGCAGGCCCUGCAGUGGGAGGAAAGCCAGAGGAACUGCUUUGUGCUCUGGCUUUCCCUCAGGGAAUGCAGCUGGCCCUCUUUGCUGCUUGUAUUUGUUAAUAUUAAAAAAGAGAGGUGUA